AUGGAUUCAAGGAAUCCAUAUAGCCAGUAUUCUAUUUAUGUAGGGCUUCUUAACAGUCAACGAGAAAAUGUAGUGAAUGAAAACUUUCCUUAUGAAAGUUUUCCUUCUAGUGUAAACAUUGGAGCCUCAGAAAUCCCUCCUUUCAGUUCCCAACAAUCUGAGGCUCCAACUCUACCUGAAGACACACCCACGGAGCGUCGGGAGAGAAAGAAAUGGACCCCAGCUGAUGACGAGGUUCUAAUCAGUGCCUGGCUAAACACAUCUAAGGAUGCUGUUGUUGGAAAUGAUCAAAAGUCAGGCACCUUCUGGAAACGAGUAGGAGAAUACUACGCAGCAAGUCCUCAUGCUAGACAAGUCCUCAUGCUAGACAGGGUGGUGAGAACAGAGAGCAUAUCCAUUUUCUGUGGAGCAUUCGCUGCUGCAGAGAGACAAAUCACCAGCGGACAGAAUGACAACGAUGUUCUAAAGGUGGCUCAUGACAUCUUCUACUCCGACCACACCAUGAAGUUUACCCUUGAGCAUGUGUGGUGUGUGUUGAGGUCUGAACAGAAAUGGUUAAGCCUGAACACUCCUAAAGCUACUGCCAGUUCUAAGAGAAAAACAAGUGAGGCCGGUUCGCAAUCUCCAAGCACCAAUGGUGGUGACCAUGAGAUGCGGCUCGAAGGUAUCAAGGCUGCAAAAGCAAGAAGGAAUAAUGCUAAAGGGAAGGCUCUUGAGGAGUAUAAGAGCGUGUGGGAGCUCAAGAUGGAAGAUUUGGCGAUGAAGGAGAAACUAUCCAAGCUCGCCAUACUUGACACUCUCCUUGCUAAAAAGGAAUCACUUAGUGAGACUGAAGAAGUUGUCAAGAAUAAACUCCUUGCCGAGUAUUUCUAA